AUAUGAAACAAAGAUGAAUUUUGGGGGAAGUUCCAUUAAAAUUAGUAGCGAAGGUCUUAAAUCGAUUGAUGCGUACGAAGAUUAUAGACGAAUUGUGGGUGAUGAUGAUAAUGGAAAAACGUUUACACCCAAGCAGUAUGAAGCUUACAAGAACAAAUACAUACCAUUGAGAAAACAAAACAGAAUUUUUGUGUCUUGGACAAAUCCAAAUGGAGUGGAUUGCAUACUUGCCGGUCCACAAAGUGAAUGUUUCUGCCAACACCGGCUUAUACAACAUAAGACAGAUUUCGAGACAAUACCUACACAACGUCCUAUACAGUUACCAUGUAAACAUUGCAGAUGUUUGAGUUUUCAUGUGAUGCCGAAAUUUGGGAGCCAAAUUGCACGAUGUCAUUGUAAACAUUAUGCGACCGAUCACAGUGUGAUGGAAACUGCUGAAGAACGUCAUAGUAGAGGUAAACCAAUAGGUCAGACUUCACCAUAUCAAGCUAUGGGUGGACUAACUGGAUUUAGUUCACUUGCACCUGGUAUAACACGUAUGGAUACAAGCGGUGCAGGCAAAUUAUUAUCAGAGGAAGAAAUGAAUAAGUCAAUUACAUCUGUAGAUAAUCCAUUUCUCCGAAGUCAUGCACAAGGAGUUUUUAAUUAUAAGUUGGGAGUUAACGAUAUGAACGGCGCUGAACGUGAACGUCAUGAAGUUGAGUCACAGAUGCGUCGUCCAGGAGAAUCAGAAUUAGAUUAUUAUGAACGUCGUUAUCAAGAAAGAGAAAAAGCUAAAUAUAUCAGAAAACCUGAACAGAUACGUAAAUUUUAGUUGAAAUGUUCUAAUAUCAAUAAUGAUUACUGUAUCGUACUUUACCUUAUAAAUAGAAUGAACAAUUUGUGUAAGUCAUCAUCAUUAUCAUUAUACUACCUACCUAUUCAAUUGCUAGAUGAGUUCAUCAUACAGAUUACUUGAAUAUUUAUAUUUCAUUAUAUAUUUUCUUUUGAAAAAAAGAGAGAUAAGACGGAGAUUUAAAUGCAUUACAAAUGCAAGAAUAAAACUAGAACAACUACAGUAAUCGGGACAGGAUAAUAUAAAUUCAUUUUAUUUUAUACAUUUUAUCCAGCUCUUUACAACCCUAUUUGAAUCAUACAAUCAUUAAUCAUUUACAUGUUUUCGAUAUUUAUCUUCAAAUGAACUCAUAUUUGCUUAUUCGUAUAUACAUAUAUACAGAGAUGGAUAGUGGUUAAUAGCGAAAUCCUAAAGACGAGCAUUUCGUCCUAUUUGUGUCUCAUCAGAUGGAUAUACAUCUGUAGCUAAAUGAAUAAUUCAAUGACAUUCGAAUCGAAUGGUACUAGAUUCGAGUCCUUGAGUAAAUAUCAACUCUAGGGUGCAGGUAAAUCCAACUAAUGAGUUUAAAACAGGAUGAAACGCACGUCCCUAAGAUUUCACUCUUAUCCACCAUUCAUCUGUGCUUGAUAAUCAUUAUUGUUCUAUUAUUUCAAUCAUCAAUAUCUAUUACGUCAUACAAAUAUGGUUGCAUGCAGUUGAAAAUAAAUUAAUUUUACCCUAUUUCGCUUGUUUUCUUUUUGUUUUGCCUUUGUUCAAAUCUAUGAGGGAAGUUGGGUGUAUGAGACAAAAAAGUGC